AUGGACGCUGGCAGCACGCUUCCGUCUGCAGCUGCAUCGCUGCAAGCCGCUGCGUUCCGUGUCCCGUUGUUCGGACUCGCACUCGUCACCACAUCGCACCGCGCGCUCAAGCAUGCGAACGGCCAGAAGGACUACCUCGAAGACUACAACCGGCCGAUGACACGCUUCUCGCCAACCAUGUUGGUGACCACCGCUUACGCGGCCAUCAUCGACGCCACUUGGUCCCUUGAUGGCAACAACAUCAAGAGUUUGGAAGACUUUCCAAAGAAGUGCGUCACGAAUGCGACCCGAUCGCUGAGCGUCACGGCCACGCUCUGUGCUCUUGAGGCUGCUUGCGUCAAGUACCUUCCAGCCCGCACCGCCGGCAAGCUCGUCAAAAGUCUCUUGCGGUCGUCGGGUCGCAAGUUCUGCCGCCUCGGUGACCCCACGCUCGUCGCCGAGCGCAUGUUGAUCACCGGUGCUCGCGUCGCGCUGCUGCCGGCCCUUGCUGCGUUUCUCGUCGACGAAGUCCGCCUCCUUAGGUCUGCUUCGGACCUGGCGGCGAUGGUGCGAGGCACACUCUGGCUCGGCUUCCGGUCGAUCCGGUCAAUCUUCGGCGCCGCGGCCGGCGCGUACCUGGGCGCGCUGAUCUCGAGCGCCGAAGGCAAUGCGACCAAAGCGCUCUGGACACUUGGUUAUGUGAUUGCGAUGGCCGACAUCGUGCUCUUCAACCCAUCGGUGCUCAACGCGCGGGACGGGUUCAGCUUGCGCUUUACCCCGAGAGCGCUGGUCACCGUGUUGUCCCCACGACUGGCCUACUGGUUACCGCAAACUACGUUUUUUUUGUCCACAUAUUGUUAGUCGUAAUGAACUAGAUUUAUCCGACUAAUACCCCUUCUGGGUAAGCAGUAAUAUUAUACACAACGUCUUGCCUCGCA